GUGGUGUUCCUCCCCAUCUCUCCACUCUUGUUAAACCUUCGAUAAGUUAAGGUAGCGAGCUUGUUCUGCUAGACCCCCGCCAGUUGUAGCGUGACUGACGAUAGACUCAGGGUCUGUGAGCGCGUCAAUGUCUCAUCUGAUGGCUCUCUAUUGAUAACCACAGUCCGACCAAUUACAUACACCAUCCUCUGACCCUUGGACUACUAGCAUCUCGUCGCAUCGCCUGCACGGGAUCUGUUUGGCAAUAACCUGCUCGACAGUUCUAUCUACAUCUCGCCGUGUCGUACCUUAACUCAAAACUCAUCUGUUUGUGUUCCUUACGUAUGUGAUAAUUGUUGAACACUGGACUGCAUCCAACUUGGCCGAUCAAUGGACUCGUCCGUUUACCCAUGUGCCCACAGCCGUGUUGAAGGAUGCUGGCUUUGACGAUCUUAAGCUUGUGGGACUUCUGUACUGUACAGCCAGUUUCACCUCAGAAAUCAAUUAAAUAUCAUUUUAUUGUUUCUCUAGGUUCAGCAAUGACAAGAGGGUAGUAUCCGUCGACGACCAUCAACAGAGUUGGAGUGGACUAGGGCCAGUGUUUAUUAUGGAGAACGUCUGAGUCUACGAUCCGUUCUCUUCUACUGAUAUGGGAGAACUAGAAAGAAAUACUACGGAUAAAAAGUGGGAAAAUUUACUUGUGCGGACUGCUACUACAUUGUGUGUGUUUCUCCUUCUAUGUGGCUUCAGCGACUUCGUGUUAGCCAUCGAGGUCCAGCGUUCAGUGGGUGAUUAACAUGACCCAUCGACACAGAAGAAGACUUACCACGUAUUUUCUAUUGGGGCUGUCAUUGCUACAGUGUGUUCGUUGUCUACCACAAGAAAUCAAAAUAGGAGGUUUGUUUGGUGUCGGAGACGAGGAUAUAUCAGUGGAGAACGCCUUCCUGUAUGCUGUGUAUAGGGUUAAUCAUGAAGACAACCUACUGCCAAAAGGGACGAAACUAUUACUCAAUAUAACGCGCCUACCACUCGACGAUGGGUUCAGAGCUUCUAAAAGAGUAUGUCAUCUGGUAGAGUGGAAUACAGUAGCGACAUUCGGACCCAAAGAUCCCACCUUGGCUGGCUUCGUCAACUCCUUAUGUACAUCUGUCCAGAUCCCCCAUGUAGAACUGAGACUGGACACAGCCUCUGACCACCUCUCGGACAAGACCAUCAACCUCUACCCCAAUGUGGAACAGCUCAGUAAAGCCUUCACCGACCUCAUCCGAUACUACGGGUGGAAACAGAUGCUGGUCAUCUAUGGAAACACGGAAGAUCUGAUGAAGGUUCAGAGCGUUAUUCGUGGCAAUUUUGAAACAGCAUUUGAUAUAAUGGUCCGCCAGGUUGACUACAAGAACAUGAGAGACGUUCUGAAGGAGGCCAAGGAGAAGAAGUGGACAAAUAUGCUUGUAGAUCUAAACCUUAACUAUACCAGUCUCUUAAUGAAAAUGGCCUUACAAGAAGGUAUGAUAGAUCCCUAUCAUCAUUAUAUUCUUACAAAUUUGGACAUUGAGUCUAUAGAUAUGGAAAACUACCGCUACAACUACGUCAAUCUCACCGGCUUCCGCAUGGUAGACCCCAACACUGAUUACGUCAGGGACGUCAUGAAAGCUAUGGAAGUCUAUGAAAUUCAAACAAAUAAAGUCAUGCUCAACAAAAGUGGUUACUUAUCACUACCACACGAAGCCGCCUUGAUAUUCGACGCUGUGCAUUUACUCGCGAAAGCCUUACAUGAACUCGACAAGAAAUCCAUCCUCCGCCCGGUCAACACAAGCUGUGACUAUCCUCUGCCCUGGCCUUCUGGCCCAAACCUAUACUCAUAUCUCAAACAGGUCACAAUAAGAGGUCUCACUGGAGAGGUCCGAUUAGAUAGGGGUCGACGAUUUGUAUUCAAAUUAGAUUUGCUGCAACUUAAACCCAAAGGUUUAGAGAAAGUAGGAGAGUGGAGUGUUGAUAAAGGACUCAACUUCACUAAUCUACAAGGCUAUGCAGAUGGGAACCCAUUUGGUAACAAAACUCUCAUAGUCACAACAAUCAUGGAAAAGCCUUAUAUGAUGAAAAAGGAACGGAAAGUUGACGAUGGUCAGGAAUAUGAAGGGUUCUGUAUAGAUCUGCUGGAGGAACUUUCCAAGAUCGUGGGCUUCCGCUACAAGAUUGUGUUGGUUGCUGACGGAAACUAUGGUGCUCCUAAUGAGAAAAAGAAAUGGAACGGCAUGGUCGGUGAACUUAUAGCGAGGAGAGCUGAUUUAGCCGUUGCGCCCUUGACUAUCAACUAUGUGAGGGAACAAGUCAUCGACUUCACAAAACCUUUCCUUAAUUUAGGAAUUACAAUAUUGUUCAAAGUGCCAAAACGGGAAAAACCGGGACUCUUCUCGUUCUUGAACCCUCUUGCUAUUGAGAUCUGGCUCUACGUUAUUGGGGCCUACUUUAUUGUCAGUUUCACGAUAUUCAUUCUCGCCCGGUUUAGUCCGUACGAGUGGUACAAUGCCCACCCGUGCAAUCCAGACACAGACACUGUGCAGAAUACAUUUACAUUGUCAAACAGCUUCUGGUUCACCGUGGGCACUCUGAUGCAGCAGGGGUCGGACAUAAACCCGAGGGCGGUGUCCACUAGGAUUGUAGGGGGGAUCUGGUGGUUCUUCACACUUAUCAUCAUAUCAUCCUACACCGCCAAUCUGGCUGCUUUCCUCACUGUGGAGAGAAUGGUAUCUCCCAUCGAGAGUGCGGAGGACGUUGCCAAGCAAACGGAGAUCUCAUAUGGGACCUUAGGUAGCGGUUCUACAAUGCAAUUUUUCAGGGACUCAAAAAUUGAUACGUACAAAAGAAUGUGGGCUUUCAUGAAGAAGAAGGAGCCGACAGUGUUUAUGAAGUCUUACGAAGCGGGCGUGGCCAGGGUGCUUGAGGGGGGUUACGCCUUCCUUUCCGAGUCCACCAUGAUUGACUAUAUCACCCAGCGUAACUGUGAUUUGAUGCAGGUCGGAGGACUACUCGACUCCAAGGGCUAUGGAAUAGGCACACCAAUAAAUUCCGCUUAUAGAGACAAACUAUCCAUGGCCAUCCUGGAGCUGCAGGAGAAUGGCCGGAUCCAGAUGCUGUACAACAAAUGGUGGAAGAGCACUGGUACUUGCAUGCGGGAUGAGAACAAGGACUCAAAAGCCAAUGCUCUUGGGGUGGAGAACGUGGGUGGGAUCUUUGUGGUGCUGCUUGUUGGUCUAGCCCUUGCGGUGCUGGUUGCCAUCUGUGAGUUCAUCUAUAAAUCCAAGAAGAACGCCCGUGAUGAACGGCAUGCGAAAAAGACUUGUGAUUCCUGCCCUAAACGUCUGGAGCAAUCGCUGUGUUCAGAGAUGGGAGAAGAGCUGAGAUUUGCAAUUCGAUGUCUGGGGUCUGCUCAAAAGCCGAAAUUCAAGCGGAAAUGUUCAAGGUGCAAAGCCGAAAAACAUGGCGGACACUCACGGGGUUCUGAUCUCCCAGAAUCAGCCAAUGGAAUCAUUCAGCUGAAGGAGGUCAGGAAGUCACCUUUGCCUAGCACGAGGGAGUUUGAAAGCGAGUUUAGACCAGAUUAUAAUAGAGACUUUAACGGCGACUAUUUACAUGUGGACUACAGUGAUGCAGAAACGUAAAGAGAAGCCGUUAUGAGAGAGUCUUGAUAUUCAUUUGUCACCAAUGCGUGUUUAUGAGAAAGCUGUAGUAUGUGCCUGGCAGGUACAUACACCUCCAAAUACACACGCAUGUGGUUGACUCCGUGCCUUACUGGUUUGGUGAUCAGAGGGGGAGGAGUGGAUGUGAAGAAGAUGCGGACUGUUGGUACAGAUGAUGUUGCACAGAGAUCCCGGAAGAGCCCACCAUCGGACCCUGUUGGGGGUAAACUGUAAACAUUACAGGUCCUGCAUGGCGGGUAGAUACAAUGACUAACAGUGUCUAUCACCAUUGUGUGAAUGCGUCAUCCGGUUAACUGGUAGAACAUGUGCCAACUCGACGACAACGCCAACUUCCGCCACUGCAAUGACGUCAACGGCCUUAGGACGAUAGAGGCAUGUGAACGAUUUUUUUUGCUUUGAACACGCGAGCAAGUCACUCAGCUUUUUUUCAGUAACAAGUCAGGCUACCAGUAGGGUUAGAGAUAAAGGCAGAAUAAUUUUGCGACGGAAAAACAAUUAAGUUAUGAGUCUGUGUGUCUCUAUAUACUGAGCUGACAGAACAUUUAGUUACUUUCAGUUGAACCCAUUUGCAAUAUCUUCCCGCAUAUAUUGGCCAUAAUGGGUUGACUUGGCGUGGCCGCUACGGAAAUUGGUUGUAGGGAUCAUUCAGAACGCUUUGGUGCACAUCAUUUGGAAUAUGUACUUAACAUGCAUACCAUUAGCAUGCCAUGUGUGUCAUGUAUGUCUGAUAUACGAAGGUAUUGGCAGGACACAUCGGAUACAGUGUCCAUCUAGCGUAUAUGUGUGUGAUUAUAUGGGCGUGCCAAGGGCAAUGAUGUACCUAUACAAAUUGACCAUGUACAUAUACAACACAUUGUAUUAUACAUCCUGAGGGAUACGUGUUAAUUUUUCAGUGUUCAUAAAGACGUAAUUUAUUCCUCAUGUAUGUAAAAUUUGUACAGAUGUAUAUUUCAAGCUGUUCUUGAGCCCUACAAUGUGAGUUAUUACUGCACUGUGAGAUGCGAUGAGUAUUUAUCAUUUCUCAGAAUAUUGAUUCUUGAUGGCAUCCAAAGUAUCGUUGAAUACUCACGCUGUUGUAAAUGUACCUAUUUUGAAUAAGUGGAUCACCAAAUAAACACCUCGCUAUAUGUACAAAACCCUCACAAAUACUACAAACUGGAUGUAUUCACAGUGCUGUCAACUAGAUGAUAUAGUUUUGUACUUCAUCCUAUAAUGUUGUAACUAUUAUCUGACAUCAUGAACUGUUGUUGAUACCACACACACUUGGGAUGUAGAUGUAUCUUGAAAUAACAAUACACACUUCAUACUUUUUAUGUAACAAAGGUUUAGUUGGAAAAUACAUGUUUUACGAAUCAUAAAUAUACAGUUCGUGUACUGGCAAAUAAUUACUACAAGAAACCAUAAAAGUGUCAAAAUGAAGUCACUAAUAUAACUUCAUUUUCAAGACGGCUGCAUAUAUAGUUUUGAAUUCAUUUUCUUACAGGUAAACAUUCAAAGAAGGGAGUAUUUUUCAUAUUUAAUAGAAUAUCGAUUUCCAUACUAAGUAUUUUACAGUCGCUUUCUUCGGUAUGUAAUAAAAAGUAAUCACACAUAAUGCUUGCACGCAUUAUGAUUGUGCAGUGCAUCGUUUCAAGCUGAUAAACGUUUAUACAAUCAUGUACAUAAAAUGAAUUAUGAAUGCUGUACAAUGAAGUGUUGAUACUUUACGAGUAUCAUUGGGUUGUAUAAGUUGUUUAUUUUGGCACGAAGUUCUUAAUUUAUUCACAAUGAACCGUGUUGAGGUUUAUGCUAGUGUGUUCUAUACUGUUGUGUCUAUCAAAUAUUUGAAAGUUGGCAGUUUUUCAAAAUCGAUUUAUUGUGCUAACAUUGCCUGACUAGAAUUUGUGUUAAGCAAAAUUGUUAUUAUGGCAUCUGUUUAAUUUUCGUGUAUGUUACAAAUGUCAUAAUUGGAAAUAAACUGCUGUUAUCAACGCUGCCAUUGAAAGAUUGGAGGAUAGAAAGCCAUGUCCACGUUGAUAAUGGUUGAUGAAAAUAGGAUGAUUUCAUAUUUUGGUUUUCAAAAGGCUUGUUCUUUACUUAUUACUCCCACGUUGUCAACAUUUUUCGUGCGUUGUAAAAACACUUGAGAGUGAAUGAGAAACGAAUUUGUUAUUUGAUUCCUUUAAGGUUAAAUUUAAUUAGCAUAAUUUCAUCAUGAAAGGUCGUGUGUAGAAAUAUGUCAUUCGGUUGGUAAAUAUUGAUGACAACAGACAAUAUUCACUGAUUAUCUGUCUCUAAUAAUGUCUGCAACUCCCUUCCCACGUGGGCUAAACUACGCACAGCUGGUCUGUCUCAAAGGUUAAUGUAUUCUGUAUGUAACGUUGUUGUUUCUUAGUUUGGUUGAGCUAUCAUGUACCUGUGAGAGUGCGUCAGACGGAAUUUGUAAUGCGUGCUUUAUGAGAUUUUAGAGAUUUUAAUGACUUCUUCAAUCUAAUAAAUUUUGGUAGAAAACUG